AUUUUAAUAAUAAUUUUUCUCUCUAAUCUUGAUCUGAAAACCAUACACCAAUUAAUUAUUGAAGAAUGAGAAAGGAGGUGGUGGUGGUUGUGAGCACAACUCUUGCUGUGGUAGUAGUGGGAGCACUAUUGAAGAGGUGGAAACGGUGGAAAGAACAACAAUUAAGUCAAACAAGGAACAUUAUUCGAAAGUUUGCAAGGGAAUGUGGCACCCCAGUAACAAAACUUUGGAAUGUUGCUGAUGACUUGGUGUCUAGCAUGGAAGCCUCUCUUGCUUCUUCUUCCACCGAAACAACUUCCACUCUCAAUAUGAUCAUUUCCAACGUUACAUCCCUCCCUAAUGGAGAAGAGGAAGGUCUAUUUUAUGGAGUGAAUUUGCAAGGCAGAAACUUGUUAAUGUUGUGCGCGCGGCUUGGUGGAAAGAACAAGCCUAUCUCUUGUUUACACAGAGAAGAGAUUUCUAUCCCCAAUGCUGUCUUGGCUGGUACUACAACUCAGGAGGUAAUUGAGUUUGUAGCUACAGAGAUAGCUAAGUUCGUUUCGAGUCAUCCUGAGAAUGAGACAGAUGAUGCAGCCGUCAAGAAGAAGAAAUUGGGCUUCACUUUAUCAUAUCCAGUAGAUCAAGCUAUGCCUUUCAGCAGUACUUCAUUUCAUCAAAAAAGCGUCAACGACCCAGUUCGCAAAGGAUUGGUGAAAGACAUCAAUCGAGCAUUGAAGAAUCGUGGAAUAAAGAUCCGUGUUUAUGCACUGGUUGAUGACACUAUUGGAGGUUUGGCUGGAGGAAGAUACUACAACAGGGACAGUGUAGCUGCAAUUACCCUUGGCAUGAGCAUUAAUGCAGCUUAUGUAGAAACAGUACAACAAGAUUAUGCAAGUGUACUUGCACAAUCUUCCAAUUCAAAUGAACAGGUAAUUAGCGUGGAGUGGGGAAACUUCAGAUCCCCUCAUCUUCCUCUAACGUCGUUUGACACUAGUUUAGAUGCUGAAAGCUCAAAUCCUGGAAGCGCGAUUUUUGAAAAGCUAACGUCAGGAAUGUAUUUGGGAGAAAUUGUGAGACGCGUCUUGUUGAAGAUGGCCCAAGAAACAGCCCUUUUUAGAGGGACUGUGCCUCCAAAAUUGAUGACUCCAUACUCACUAAGGUCACCAGAUAUGGCUGCUAUGCAUCAAGAUACAUCAGAGGAUCGUGAAGUAGUAGCUGAAAAACUCAAAGAAAUAUUUGGGAUAAGUAGCAGCAGUCCGAUGGCACGCGAAGUGGUUGCAGAGGUUUGUGACAUAGUAACAGAGCGGGGUGCUCGCUUAGCCGGAGCUGGAAUUGUAUCCAUAAUUAAGAAGCUUGGAAGAAUUGAAAAUAGAAAAAGUGUAGUGACAGUAGAAGGUGGACUUUAUGAGCAUUACCGAAUUUUCAGAAAUUAUCUUCAUAGUAGUGUUUGGGAAAUGCUUGGCAAUGAUCUUUCUGAUAAUGUUAUCAUAGAACAUUCUCAUGGUGGUUCUGGUACUGGAGCUCUAUUUCUUGCUGCUGCUGCUACUCAUACUCACACACAACCUGCAAAAUCUUGAAUUCUAUGUUUUAAUCAAAACAUCAAAGGACUUUUUGUUUGUUAUUUUCAAAAGAUAAAGUACAUGUGUUUGGACAUGAAA